AUGAUUUUGGACUUGGGCGCGAAUGUCAAUAUCCGAAACUGGAAUGACGAAACGCCUUUCCUCCAAGAAAGCAUCGAAAUGCUGCUGCGAGACGUCGAUCGCCAGGCCAAAGAUCGACAUGGAUCCACGGCGCUGCACGUUGCUGCCCGGAAUAAUCAACUCCAAGUAGUGGACUUGCUUCUGAAAGACCCACGAAUCGACAUCAAUGCGCUCGACAACUCGGGAAACACCGCCUUCUGGUGGUCUUCAUACCUUGGGCACGACGAAGUUGGUAAGCGAUUCCUGGACGAGCAGGGGCUGGAUGUCAAUUUUCUAGGCAGCAAGGACGAUCCACGAUGGCGAAAAACUGCGUUCUACCUUGCUGUGCACCGGAAUAAUCUACCACUGGUCUCCCAUAUGCUUGCAGCGACACAUCUGCAGCUGGAUCCAAACACCAUAGGCGACCACCGAUGGAGCCCUCUCGGAGCUGCAGCAUACCAAGGAUCCUAUGAGAUGGUAAAUCUUCUACUACGAGCGAAAGGAAUUCGAAUCAACGCAGUCGACGAAGGCGAAGAUGACCCCCUCUGGCUCGCCAUCCAAACGCGUUCAUGGCGGGUGGUCGAGCUUUUUUGA